CGACUGGCUGGCAGGCAGACAGGCAGGAGCAGCUCAGCCAGAUCCAUUUUCACUCAAGGAGAAGAUUUCAUGGACUUCAUCUUGCCACCCACACUCCCGGCCGGAGGCAUCCCAUGGGAGAAAGUUAUUCCUCCUCUUAUUCCUCGACUUAACGGGACUUACGGCCAAAAUAACUGGGAUCCCAAACUACUCAUCCCAGAGACUGACACCAGCACCCCAGCUGAGGUUUCCUGCGAUGACAGCGGGUUUACAGUCCAAGUGGACGUGAAACACUUCAACCCUGAAGACCUGCUGGUCAAAGUGACGGGGGACUUCGUUGAAGUACAGGGAAAACAUGAAGAGAAAAAGAAGGACGGACCCGGUUUGACGACUCGACAGUUCAACCGUCGCUAUCGUAUUCCCAAAGGUGUCGAUUCAAUGGCUCUGGAGUCUGCAGUCUCUCCUGACGGUGUCCUGAUUAUAUUUGCACCAAUGCUGCCCAGAAGUCUCACAUAAUCUCCUGUUUGGGAAUCACUUCUACAGACACCUGAACGCAUCCUGCAAGAUAGAUUAUAUCUGGCUCCUUAGUUACAUAAACACACACUCGGCAUGUGCCAAAACACAGCCAAGCCUGCGUCCCAAUAUUCCCUGCUCUGAAGUUUGUAUAUACUGCUCUGCGUCUGCAUAUCAAUGUUGUAAAAAGUGUCACAAAACUUUGUAAAUAUCAGACAAUUAAAUUGCUGUUUCCAUUGUGCAUUUUUUGUUGUUUUAAU